UUUCAAUCUAAGUAUCGUAUCAUAUCAGAACACCCAACCACACCCAUCACAGAAAAACAGGAAGUGAACUGCCGACAGAAUAGCUCCCAGCGAAAAAAAGAGCGGCUUUCUUCCCGCCCCUUGGACGAAAAAUGCAACCCACCACUCCCACCUUUCCCGAGUCCCACUGCUCAUCUAUGACUUUGGGUAAAUACAUAAGCGUGUUACCUGCACGCGAUAAGCACUCUUUUAUCCGAUUUUAAAGUAUUAGUAUUCAUUUAUCUCUCUCUCUCUCUUCUUGUUCUCUAUAUUUGUUGAAGCAGUACUUCAGCGUGGAUUGAAGAAACUACCAAAAGGCAUUGAAAAGACUGGUUAGGCAACAUGGCGAAGUUUGAAGGAGAAAUCGCCUUUCUGGGGUUAGGAGCUAUGGGCUUUGGUAGUAAGUAUUUUUCAUUUUAUCCAGAUUCUCCCUCAAUUCCCAAACCUCCCAUCGUCCGAAACAUGUUAAAAAACAGGUGACAAAUGUACUAAUCCGUGGAUAUCCCAGUGGCAACAAACCUCGUCACCAACUCGCUUCCGGUGACCGGUUUUGAUGUCUGGGCUCCAACCCUCGAACGCUUUACCCAAGCUGGUGGUUCCUCUAGCCCCACUCCCCGUGAGGCUGUCAAAAAUGCAACAUAUGUAGUAUUCAUGGUUGCAACCGCAUCACAGAUUUUAUCCGCUCUUUUCGAUGAAGAAACCGGUGCAAUUGAGACCCUAAAACAGGGAGCUGUAUUAAUACUUUCCUCCACGGGACCACCGGAUCACUCCCCAAAUGUACGAAAACUGCUGGAUGAAAGAGGCAGAUCAGAUGUCUUCGUGGUCGAUGCACCGGUUUCCGGCGGCACGAUAAGAGCUGCUAAUGGGACUUUGACGAUUCUCGCCAGUGGAACGGAGGAGGCCUUGUCAAAAGGGAGACCUGUGUUGGAUGCUAUGGCGGGACCAAAUCUAUAUAUUAUUCCUGGAGGACUUGGGGCUGGAACGAAGGUUAAGAUGGUUCAUCAGGUGCUGGCGGGGAUACAUAUCGUGAUGGCCAGUGAGGCUAUGGCUUUUGCUGCGAAAUUGGGGUUGGAUACCGGAAAGGCUUAUCAGGCAUUGAAGGAGGGAGAGGGUAGUAGUUGGAUGCUUGAGAAUAGGGGGAGUCGCAUGGUGGUUCAGGACGAGAAGAUUCACUCUGCAUUAGGGAUAAUUACCAAGGAUGUUGUGAGUUCUCAUAUUACCUGAGAAAUGGAGAGAGGUUGAUUGCUGACCAUGAGAAAUAGGGAAUCAUCACAGCAGCAUCGAGAAAAUCCACAACCAAUCCAGGAUUUCCCCUCUUCCUCUCAUCCACCACAGAACAGGUUCUCGCCACAGGCAUCUCAUCCGGCUUCGACCGAGAUGACGAUGCCAAACUCACGAAAGUCUACCUCCCAGCAACCCCAACUUUAGUUCUUGACCUCGCCUCUCCAGCUACCUCAUCUCCUCCCACUUUCUCCCCAGAAGAAGCCGCCAAGCUGAAAUUGGUGGAAAGCGCGAUGAAAGCCGUGCAUCUUGUGUCGGCAAUGGAAGCGAUGAGCUUGGGUAAGCGAGUGGGUCUGGACACCAAGCAGCUUUUUGAGAUUAUCAAAGGUGCGGCUGGUGGAAGUUGGAUGUUCAAGGAAAGAAUUCCGGCUUUGUUGAGUGGGGAAUGGAGUACAGGUGGAAGGACAGUGGGGGAGAUUGUUGAUGAUGUGGUACGUGGUGUUCCUUUGGUCCCCUUCAGCAUGAUUUUCUCGCGACCGAUAGACGAGUUUAAGAGUCAUGACGCUCAAGCUAAUCACUCGUGAUUGAAUAGAUUGAUGCAUUGACCCAAGCCAACGCACUGAAAUUCCCCCUUCAUCUCACAUCUACAGCGUUGCAGGUUUUGCAACUGGCUGUACUGAAGGGGUUGGGCGAUGAAACAGAUUUGGCUGUCUCGAAGAUUUGGGAUGCUCCUGGAGAGGAGGGGGUAUUGUUCCCUAGGAAGGCUUAAUUAGUGCUAGAAUCCAGAAAUCGCUGUCUGAGGGCAGACUUAGAUAUGAUCGAAAUGAAUACUCCAUGAAAUGUAAUCGCCCC